AGCAAUAAUCAAGAGCCAAGCUAAGCCUAUAUAAUAUAACACAUGAAUAAUGUAUGUGGUGUAUGUACCUCAUUACCAACUCAACUCAACUUUGGUAGCAUUUUAAUUUAUACGUGUCUAUACUUAGCGUAAAAUUCCAAAUCUUUGCGUCUUGUGAUACACGCACACCACCACCAACAUCUUCCCGUCCGAAAUGGGCACUAUGUUGGAGGGACAUGAAAUCUUGGGGUUUGGAUUCUUUGUGAUUGGUUUAUGGCAUCUCUUCAACAACAUCAAGAUCCAUUCUUCUUCUUCUUCUUCUUCUUCCAACUCCUUCAAAUCAACCAUAUGGUUUCCAACAAAAAGAUUCAGAUACUUAGAACUCAACUUCAUCAUUGCAAGCUGCACAAUGUUCAUAGCCAUGGAGCUAUUCAUCGCCCCAGAUCUCCACCAACCAUUUGACAGCGAUGGAUCCAUCCCCGCCAACCACCUCCACAACUUCGAACACUCCCUCAUGGCUUCUUCUUUCUUGGUCUAUGCAGCAUUCACCAUGUUCUUUGACAUGAAAGCCAUCAUCACAAAAGCACAGCAUGAACUAACUCAUUUUCUUGCAUCCAUGGCUUUUGCACAACAAUUUCUUCUCAUUCACUUUCACACCCGAGAUCACGCAGGAGUCGAAGGCCAAUACCAUUACCUUCUACAAAUCCUCAUUGUUGUUUCUUUAACCACCACAAUCAUGGGAAUAGGGUUUCCAAAUAGCUUCAUGGUGAGUUUUGUGCGAUCAUUGAGCAUAACCUUCCAAGGUUUGUGGCUCAUGAUAAUGGGGUUCUUCCUGUGGACACCAGGGUACCAAGCUAAAGGGUGCUCCCUGCACCCUGAGAUGAAUACUUACAUGGUUCGCUGCAGUGAUGAUAAGGCACUUCACCGUGCAGUUUCUCUGGUGAACCUUCAGUUCAGUUGGUUGCUUAUUUUGGUAACCGUUUUCGCUAUUUGUUUCUUUUUGGUUCUGAGUAAAAGGUAUGAUAACAAAGUUGAAUAUGUUUCACUAACCAAGGAGGAACAACUUGACCUUGAAUCACAAUCCGAAAAGAAAUGCAUCAUGAUGCAAGUGCAAAUCUGAAGCAUGCACUUUAAUAUAUAUAUAUGAUACGAUGUAUGAAUGAUGAUGAGAUAUUAUAUAUUAUUAUAUUCUACGACU